UUCACAAACCUGUGAAUUUCCGGAUUAUUCCCACCCUGCAUGAAACGCCGACAAUGUUUAAUUUUUCAACUGUUUUGGAGAUCUAGCCAUUGAAUUAGAAGAAUAUAAAACGCCACGUUUACAGUUUCGGCCACUGUUUCAUUUCUCCGACUAGAAAAGAGUAUUUUACUAAAAUGGCAACAACCAGAUCUGCAAAGCAAAAGACGAAAAGUAUGGACUCGACCAGAAACAUAAAAUCUUCACGAAAAAACGUGACCUGUUCCUACAAGAAAACAAACACAGACAAAACUGAUAAAUAUGUUAGCGAAGAUAAUGUAUUGCUUGAAAAGAAUUUUGCAGCAGACGAAAUAACAAUCUCACAGAAAGAACAUAGACCUAUUUCGGAAAUAGAAUCCACGGGUAGAAAGAGAGGUCGAAAGAAAGCAGUUCCAAAAAAAUCUGUUAAUGCUAAACAGCCAGAUGAUAUUGACGACCCAGGUGUGGAUCCUAAAGAAGACUUACGGGUAGAAGAGGAAAAAGCAAAUAAUAGCAGAACUGACAAGAGCAACCGACGGUCGAGAAAGAUCAAAAAAACAUCUAUGUAUGUAGACACUGACACUGUAGUAGAACUAGAAGAUGAACAAGAAAAUUCAGAUGAAUGUAUAGAUGACCUCGAUGAUGAAUGGAAACCUGGAAAAGAAAGUUCUAAAGACACAGAAGUUGGUGAGCAUGAUGGUAAUGAAGAUACCAAUUCCAUGAAGAAUUGUGAAUUAUCUGAAGAAUCAAAUGUGGGUAACAAAAGAAAUAGGCCUACCGUUACUGAUAAUAAAAAGAGAAUCAAAAAGAAUACCGGUAAUAAAAAGAUUAAUGUAAAACGGGAAAACAUGGACAAAUAUAUUGAUGUUCUAGAAGGCAAGUGUAAGCCAGAAAAAUUGAAGAAAGAAGACAUUGUGUGUGCUGAAUGCAAGCAACAUUUUAAGAAUAGAUGUCAAUUGGUUAAUCAUAUGAGAAUACAUACGGGCGAAAGACCAUAUAAAUGCACAGUAUGUGGCCGAUCCUUCGCUUUGAAAUCAAACUUGACAGCUCAUUUAAUAAUCCAUUCUUCAGAUAGACCUUUCGCGUGUACUAAAUGCGAGUGGGCGUUUAAAAGUGAAAAGCGUUUGAGAGAUCACCAGCGGGUACACAGCCAAGAGCAACCUUUUUCUUGUGACGAAUGUGGACAAAAAUUUAAAAUCAAGAGAAAUUUGGUUUGUCAUCAGCUGAUACACAAGGGGGUAAAACCAUAUAAAUGUGAUCAGUGCGAUUAUUCCGCUGUACGAAAAAGUUGCGUAAUUAAUCAUCAAUGGACUCAUAAAGACAUUAAACGUUUCAGUUGUCAGGAAACUGGUUGCGAUAAGACGUUUGCAUCGAAAGCUAAAUUCAUUAUCCAUACAAACAAUCACAAUAAUAUUAAACCAUACCCAUGUACUGUCUGCGAUAAAGCUUUCGGCAGACAAGAUAAUCUAAAAGUUCACAUGCGUUCACACACGGGGAUUAAACCCUAUAGUUGUGUUCCGUGUCAGAAAGUGUUUAGUUCUGUUCAAGGUUUUAGAACCCAUAUAAAAAAUAUUCACAUUGAAGGUGGGGUUUCCACGGUUACAACUAAUACUUGGGAUGAAGUUCCCAUGAAAGCCAAUAUGGUUUCUGUUCAGGUUAUGACAAAUUUUAUAUAGGGGAGACUUGAUUGAGUGUCCUGGAAUUGAAUUCUCUCAAUUCCAAAAAUGGUGACAAUUGGGUGAAAGGAGGAAUUUCGGCCUACAAUGCAUGCUGAGACAGAAUAAAAAUAUCUCGACCAACCAGGACAGCUGAUACAUUUGGGUGAAAGGAGGCACUUUACAUGGAAUGACCCUCUGUGUUUUGUAGUAGAUGUUAUAAUAGUGAAUUCUUAUUUUUGCCUUUAGCCUAAACAAUACAGUGGUUGAAACGAAAGAA